GGCACACGUGGCGAUACAUAUAACUAAUGAGGAUUACUUGUAAUCGCUUUCAUUCUCUAACAGUCACACUAAUACAGAGACCUUAACGCGUAACUAACUUUCGCUCAAGAACAUCUUCGAGUUCAGACGAAAUUCUUUCAAUUUCGUCUUGAUUCUUGGGGCAUCUCUCCGGUUAAUCGUCUUUCUUCCUCGAAUCGAAGCUUUUCAUCGGUCACUUUUUUCGUCAAAUCCUCCAGAAAAUGGCGAAGAAAGGAGUUCGUACACGAGGAGGGGAUCAGUCUCCUGCUUCCGGAGAUUCUACGCCGGAGAAUCCUCAGGAUCGUGAUGGAAAUGUUUCUCAGAAACAGAUUACAGGUUUGUCAAUGUCCUGUGAACUCAACUUCUUGAUUCCAGAGAAAAAAAGAUCGCCUUCAGCUCGACGAUCAAGAAAGUUGGAAUCACUACCCAAACAGUCGGAUCAGAAACCAGUUGAAGUCGGAUCAGAAAGGGCAAUGAGAAUCUCUCCAUUUAUCCCUCCAGUGGAUGAUGCUGCAUCUGUGAAAGAUUCUGACUUUGAGAUUGUUCCAGUGACCACAACUUUCUUGAGUUCAUCAAAGCCUGAUGGUCCUCCGUGCACAAGGGUUAUAAUAUCAAGGAAUCUAGCCGAUGAGUUCAACAAGAAAGGAAAGAAGCCCCUUGUUGAUCAUCUCUUUGGUAAAGAAAAGGCUGUGGCUGUAUUUGUACCAGGGGAUGUUUCUCAGAAACAGAUUAUUGAGUUCGAAGUUUUACUGGCUCAGAGAGUUGCAAAAGCUACUAGAAAAGGCAUCAAGGAGAGGUUAGCGUAUGGGAAAGGUCCAGUUUUGGAGAGUGAUAUCGCUCUCUUCCGACUUGCAGCUGAGAAAAAGCGAAUCAACUCCUUGAUGAUGGUUGCAGAGAAAGAAAGCUUCACUACUGGGAGGUCAAACAAAAACUCCAAUGUGGAAGAUGAUCAGACCCUUCCCCACUUAAGCACAACACUUGCAGCAAACAGAGAGAGGCGUCUUGGUGAUUAUGAAGUACCUCACAUAGUUGAAGAAAUACUCGUUAGAUCUCCGGUGCAGUCCCUGGCUCGUUUCAAGCUGACAUGCAAAAGUUGGAACUCACUGUUAAGCGAACAGAGUUUUGUGUACAAACAGUUAGAAUUUGGACAGAAAAGGUUUCUCCAUGCGAGAAGGUCUCAAGUGUGGGAGCUGGAUCCAGUUGCUCAACGAUCUUGCUAUCUUAAGAUCCGGGAAUUUGAGAAAGAAAUUUUGAGGGAUUUGGUGGAGUGCAAUGGCUUACUUCUCUGUAGCACAAUGUCUAAGAGGAUCGUGAUCUGGAACCGUGCUCAAACGAGAUGGAUUGACAGAGACAAUCUCUCCUUGUACGACACAUACACCCUAGGUCACGAUGGUAACAAUCUCUACAAGUUGAUGAAGUUCAACUUUGGUUCUUAUGACCUAGAUGGGAGGGAGUUUUAUGAGCCAGAAGCAGAAGUUUACGAGUUUUCUUCAAACUCUUGGAGAGGGAUUGACAUGGUAGGAGACUGGAGUGCGCUACCAUCGAUGAUGGUUUCUGUGGAUGGUAACUCCUACUGGUUAGCGUCCUCGAAUAAGGUCGAAGUCUUCAUACAGAGUUUUGAUUUUUCUACCGAGUCCUUCAGAGCAAUUCAACUCCCUACAACUCCACUUUCCAGUGACAUGACUUUCUCCUUAUCUUCUUUUGGAGGCACUGGAGUCUCUUUGAUGUUUUAUCAUCUCAGGGAGUUGAAAAUUCAGGUGUGGAUUGCUAAACAGGCCAGAGAUCAAACAACGGUUUGGGAAAAGUUUUUUGAGGUUACUAGACAUCAUUUGCCAAUGGUUCCUGGCCAAAGCUUUUUCAUGAAGAACAGAAUGAUUGUGAUGUUCUAUGAAGUUGUGAGCGAAGAUGGAAGAGGUCAUAUCAGGGUUUUCACUGUCUCAAGAGAUGGGAUUCAGCAUCAAAUGCAAACUGAGACAUUUAGACACUUCCCAUCAUCCAUCAGCUGUGUCUAUUCACCAAGCUUGGUCUCGGUCCCCUUCUAGUGUUGUCUCGCUAUACCAUCAGACUUCUGUACAUUUGCACAUUCUCUACUAUCUCUGUCCCUUUGAUACUGAUUUACUGCAACUGCUUUUUUUCUUCUUUGGAUUUUUUUCCCGUGGCCGCCGCCGGUGAGGCGCGCCAUUGAUUCCGGGAAUGAGGUUCUCGUGAUGCUUUGAUAUUGUUUGGUAAGUGGAGAUCGUUCGAUCCUUUGUUGACCAAGUUUCAAUAAAUUUCAUAAUUGGUCCC